AUGAAAUCCAAUAUGCUCACUAGCCAGAUACUUCGCAGCUUCAAACCUGCGCAACCUGCGCCCUCUCGAGCUUUUGCCAGUAGCUUCUCCAGCUUGUCAAAAGCACGGCCUCUCGCUCGGAGCACGCCCUCCCUCAGCGCACGGGUCCAGACGAGAAACGCCAGGAAAUAUGCUAGGCCUCCGAACCGCCUCGAACAGGCAGUCAUCGACGCCCGAGUCAAACACCCUAUCCUCUUCCCUCUGAUGCUCUUUGGUUCGACCGCAUCAGUGAUUUUGCUCAUUAUCAUGGCAUAUGAUCAAUGGCGGAGGGAGAAGAAAGGCACCUCAGUAUAUCCUCCGGCCGUCGAAGACCAACUUCGGCUAGCCUUGCACUACACCCACAUCUCCCCAGACCCGGAAACUGCGUCAAAAUAUUUCAUGCAAGCCAUCAAGAAGGCGGAGGAGGUGGGGAUGGACCCCUACAGCAAAGACACGGUCGGUAUUCGAGUCCGCUUCUCCCAAAUGCUGGAGGAGUUUGGACACGUGAAGGCCGCCAUCGAGAUCUUGGACGGCAUCUCCUCUGACCUGGAGCAAAAGCUGGCUGAACUCGACCAAGCGCAGUCUUCUGUCAAGCCAGAUACUCCGUCCAAACUGGAUCCCGAGACUGCAGAUUUGCGCGCGAAUAUGAUCAAGGGAAUCGUUAAGCUGAAAAUUAAGAUCUCGUCACUGUACGAAAGCGAUUAUCUCCAGAACCCCACCAUGGCCAAACAGGUGCUGUCGGAUGCGGUGGGCCUCGUUGUGAAAGAGACCAAGAACCCUCAGGUCAAUACCUUCACAGAGGACAACGGGGCGGGCUUGACUACGGGAGAAAUUGCCGCAAUGCUGUCUCAAAUGGGCGAUCUGUACGCUACCUCGGGAGAAGAGGAAAACGCCAUUCAACUCUACAUGCUCACGCUGCAGCCGUUGAGGGCAUCGUGCAACGGCACCAGAUCUUGCAAAGAAGUUCAGGUCCUCAGCAACAUUGCCUCUGCCAUGGACAUGGCGCUCAAGAAGCCGAACGCGAAAAUCAAUGGGAAGCCAGCGACCAAAGACACGCUGGCGGCCGGGAGACGGGCUGCCCUGAGAUGGGCGGACCAAGCCAUCGCAACCGUUGACGCUGUCGGGUCCGAAGAGCGCGAUGAGAUCUGUACUGCAGCUCUGAUUUCGGCGCAGAUGACUCGUGCCGAUCUGUUGCUGGACAACGGCGACAAGGUCAAGGCCCGCGAGGCAUUUCUCAGCCUGCUGCCUAUGUUGAGGGAGAGGAACCUCCUUCCUCUUAUAGAGACCGCGGAGCAAGGGCUAAAGAGGGCCUCGACUUGCAACGAUUGA